UGUUUUUCUUUACCAUCAUCGCAAUCUCUACUCUUUGUUCGUUCAUCUGCCUUGAAUCCAUGUAUUAAUGUGUUGUUUUGCAGGUGUUGCAAAAGGUGGAAAUUUGGAAAAGGUUAAGAUCGACCGAACACGACGUACCUGGACCAAACGCGAGGAGGAGGUCCUUAUUAUCGCGCUGCACGAUCUUGUGGCUGGUGGGUGGAAAGCUGAUAAUGGUUUUCGCCCCGGCUACGCCACGAGGGUGUACCAAGUGAUGAAACGUGAGAUCCCAGACACUCAGCUGAAGGUGUCUCCGCACAUCAAUUCGAAAAUCCAUACAUGGAAGCGCGAAUAUGGAACUCUGUCCAACAUCCUUGAUCGCAGAGGUGUCGGCUUCAAUGCUAAUAAUGACUUCAAGAUUGAGUGCAAUGACGAGCAGUGGGCCCAAAUUGUUAAGGGGUUUUCCCAUAUUUUAGGCUGACAUCAAUGCGAAGACUAUGCGCAACAAGCCGUGACCAUAUUGGGAGGAUUGGAAGUCUAUCUUCGGGAAGGAUAGGGGUAAUGGUGUGCGUGCUGAGGAUGUGAGCCAUGCCGAUGACAUACUCCAAGGGAAUGAUGCAUCUGUUGUCGAGGAGUCACAACCUAAUAUGACUCCUUACACCCUAGACGAGUUCUUCACAGAUGAACAAAUCGAGGUAGCACUCAACUCUAAGACUACUACAGAGGUGCUGGUGGGUGACGAUGACGAGCCACAGAACGUGAAGACUCCAUCUGCUACCAAGAAAAAAGGCCGCAAAAGGAAGGUAGAGGAGGUGUUGGAGUCGAUGCUAGAUGUGAUGACCAAGAUACACGAUGAUACUAGUGAUCAUCUUCAAACGUUAUCGUCACGCAUCGGCUACGACUUUGAUUUGAGCGCAAAACGAGUUGAGAUCAGCAAAAUGCUUGAUGAUAUCCCUCUUCUCCCUAAGAAGCACAGAUUCCUGGCAUUGGACAUCCUUGUGAAGGAGCCCGAACGCUUGGAUCUGUUCACCGGGUUCUCCUUGACGGACAAGCAUGACUACAUCCUCCAUAUCUUAGAGGAGAAGCAUGGGAUAUGAAGAUUGAGGCAUAGGUGUGUAUGUGUAAGACCCCUUGUUUUUUGCAUUCUCGCUGGGGUAGCUGUAAUGGUGCCUGUGAACCUAAUGGGCCUUUUGCGUGUAUAAUGUUUGUGUAAAUGGUUUAGUGGUACUACGUGUAUUAAGCUUUUAGUGGAAGUAAGUUGUGGCAGUAGUCUUAAGUGGAAGUAAUCCUUUUGGUAA